AUGAUCUGGCUGUUCCAGUUUCUCACACUUGUCUCCUACCCAGGGAACACAGAUUCACAAACCAGCACAACCUCACUGCUGGUGAAAGGGGUGCUGGGGGCGUCAGUAACUCUUCCCCUGAAGUUUCCUGAAGGACAGCAGAGUCAGUCCAUCACCUGGCUUCAUGAUGGAACAUCUAUCAUUUUCAUACAGACAAUGAAAGAACGAAUCCAGGUGACUGAUCCACAAGAGAAAGAUCGACUGAAUGUCACCCAGUCCUACUCCUUCCAUUAUCAGAUCAGCAACCUGAUAAUGGAAGACAGUGGACCUUACCAUGCCCAGCUAACCACAACAACCUCCACCGUGAUUUCCAAUUACAGCCUGGAGAUCUUCAGACAACUGAGGAACUUACAAGUGGCCAAUCACACUCAACUCUUUGAGAAUGGGACCUGUGAGAUCCACCUGACCUGCUCAGUGGAGAAUCCAAAUGACCACAUAUCACUCUGGUGGCAGGUCCCAGGAAACACAACUCUAGAGGAAGCAAACCCCACUAUCUCUUGCAACCCCAAGAAUUCCAAUGAACAGACCUACACUUGCAUAGCUAACAAUACUGUGAGCAAUGCAUUCUUCUCUUUCUCUAUCCAGAGUCUCUGUAAAGGUGUUUUUAAUGAAAAAAACCAAUACUUGGUUAUCUUGUGGAUUAUAAUGGUGCCUUCUUUUCUCUGUAUCACUGUGUGUUUAAUUGUUUGGAGGAAAAAGAUAGCAGGUUCCUUUUCUAUUCAGCAAACUCAGAGUCCUGUGGAGACCUCGAGGAACUCAGAGUAUGUUCCACUCUCUCCAGGGAGGACUGUGUAGGCUCAGGUCACUCAUCCAAACAUGAGAACAGAAAUCCCAAUACCGAUGAAAAAUAGUGAUUUCUCCACAAUCUACUCAACAAUUCAUCAAUUCAAACAGAAACCCAUUUCUUCUAGGGCAACUGUCCUUAACAACAUAAUCUAA